CGGUCGGCACUCGGCGCCAUCGCCAGUGCGGGGCGCGCGCCGUUGGCAUGGCCAGCUGAUCCGCGGGUGCCGCGAGUGCGAGCCGAGCGACCGACCGACUCUGUCACCGCCACGAAUAUGGGCAGCCAUACGUGCUGGCAACGGUGAUACCUCUAGCGCUGCCGCCCGAUCUCCCUCUUCAGUUGGCCCGUUUUUCUUUUUGCUUUUUUUUUUUUUUUCUGGGAACGGAAGGUCGUACGGAAGAAGACCUAGCGUCCGCAGCAGUCGUCCACGAGCGGUAGGAACUAAAGUAACGGAAUGCAACAGGCGAACCAGGUGGGCAGCGCCGCCGCCGGCCAGGGGGCGGCCGCGCCGGGGGCGGCGCCGGCGGCGGCGGCUGUGAACGCGUCUCCCGCGUCCACGGGCGCCACCGGCACCGCCACGACCACCAAGACCAUGGUGAACGGCGGCCGCUUCGACUUCGACGACGGCGGGACGUACUGCGGCGGCUGGGAGGACGGCAAGGCGCACGGCCACGGCGUCUGCACCGGUCCCAAGGGGCAGGGCGCCUACGCCGGCUCGUGGCACUACGGCUUCGAGGUGUCCGGCGUGUACACCUGGCCCAGCGGGAGCACGUUCGAGGGCCAGUGGCAGAAUGGCAAGCGGCACGGGCUGGGCGUGGAGGCGCGCGGGCGCUGGCUGUACCGCGGCGAGUGGACGCAGGGCUUCAAGGGCCGCUACGGCGUGCGCCAGUCGGCCACGUCCAACGCGCGCUACGAGGGCACCUGGGCCAACGGCCUGCAGGACGGCUACGGGUCCGAGACCUACGCCGACGGCGGCACGUACCAGGGGCAGUGGCUGCGCGGCAUGCGGCACGGCUACGGGGUGCGCGCGUCGGCGCCGUUCGGCCUGGCGUCGCACUACCGGCCGGGCUCGCGCGCCGUGCGCGCCUCCAUGACGUCGCUGCGCUCGUCGGAGCCGGCGGCGGCGGCGGCGGCGGACGUGGCGGCGGCGGCGGCGGCGGAGCGAGACCGCCGCCUGGACGACUCCCGCGGCGGCUUCGUGCUGAAGGCGCGCUCCGACGACCAGCCGGCGCGCCGCGGUUCGCUCACCGACAAGUCCUCCAAGGGCCUGCGCAAGGUCAUCUCGGGCCUGAAGCUGAAACACCGGAGCGCCAGCGACCUGGACAAGCGGGGCACGUCGGCGAGCAUCCGCAGCACCGGCUCGACCACCUCGUGGGUCAGCACCGACUCCUCCCAGUCGGCCGUCACCAACGCCUCCGUGCACACCGACUCCAACGCCAGCUUCGUCGUCGAGGACGAGCAGCUGGACGCGAGCGUGACGGAGACGUACAUGGGCGAGUGGAAGAACGACAAGCGGUCCGGCUUCGGCAUCAGCGAGCGGUCGGACGGGCUGCGCUACGAGGGUGAGUGGUUCGCCAACAAGAAGUACGGCUACGGCGUGACGACGCUGCGCGACGGCACCAAGGAGGAGGGCAAGUACAAGAACAACGUGCUCAUCACCUCGCAGAAGAAGAAGCACAUGUUCCUCAUCCGCUCCGCCAAGUUCCGCGAGCGCAUCGACGCCGCCGUCAACGCGGCGCAGCGCGCCUCCAAGAUAGCCCUCCAGAAGGCCGACAUCGCCAUCUCCAGGACGGCGACGGCGCGCGGCAAGGCCGAGCUGGCGGACAUGGCGGCGGAGCACGCGCGCGAGGACUCGGACAUCGCCCGCGAGACGGCGCGCCAGUUCGCGCCGGACUUCCAGCAGCCCGGUCUGGACCGUGUUCGGUAUAUCCCCAAAUACCGACCGCCGCCAGAAGAUGCGGUGCCUGCGAAGUCCAUACUGCACCAGCCGUCGACCAACCAGCAGCAGCAGCAGACCAAGGCGAACGAGACGAGCUUCUCGGUGCCCAACCAGUACCCGAGCCCUCAGCAGCAGCAGCAACAGCAACAACAGCAACAGCAGCAGCAGCAGCAGUACGCCAACUACAACCAGGUGCCGCAGUCGCAGCCGACGCAGCAGCAGCAGCAGUACGAGGCGCAGCAGAAGUACGGCCAGAACCCCUCCCAGUCGCAGCAGAACUACGUGUAUGGCGGCCAGCAGCAGCAGCCAAACACACAGCAACAGCAGAACUACCCAUACAGCCAGCAGCAGCCGUCCAUCAUCACCACAGAGGCCUCAGACAACAAGCCCAUGGCCAACAAGGUGGGGAACGCCGUGUCGUACGAAGAUGGCGUGCCAGUCGGGGGCGGCGUCGGCGGCGGCGGGAGCGUGGGUGGCGGCGGCGGGGGCGGCGGUUCGCUGCAGCGCAACACGCCGCACGUGAAGGCGGCUGCGGGCGGCGAGCCGCCGGGCUUCAGCUACCAGCAGACGAUGACGGACCGCUUCGACCACUACAAGCGGCCGCCCAGCCGCGACUCCUCGGUGGACCGCUAUGCGCGCGCCACCGCCUCCGCGCGGCUCAGCAUGGCGCCCUCCUCCAGGCAGCCCUCCGUCGACAAGGCCGUGGUGCCUGGGCUGACACGCGAGGCGUCGCAGGACCGCACGGUGCGCGCGGGGUCUGCGGCGCGCGGCGCCACGCCGGCGCCGACGGCCGCCCCCAGCAACGGCGCCGUGCCCGGCCAGCAGCAGCCGCUGGUGCCGCCCCCGGCCGCCGCCGCCGCCGCCGCCGCCUCCCAGCUGCCCAACGCCAUCCCGCCCUUCGAGGACGUCAUCCUGCGCAAGCGCGGGCUCGGCCAGGACAUCAUCCCGUCCCCCGGCCAGCCCAAGCGCACCGAGUCCCUCUACAUCAACAGGCAGCCGCCCGUCAAGACCCUGCCGGUGCCGCAGCCCAUCCAGCGGAAGAAGAGCCUGCCCGACGUGCAGGGGCUGCCGCGCGCCACCGAGCCCAUGUCCCGCGAGGAGGUGUCCGUGCUCAGCUCCGCCCGCCGCGAGGAGAUGCGCCGCAUGCAGGAGGAGCAGGAGCGCCUGCGCGCCAAUCCGCUGCUCUACCUCGUCUCUCCCCACGUCAAGGAAUGGUUCUCGCGCCAGCAGCUGGUGAUGCUGGUGCUCUUCAUCAACAUCUCGCUGGCCAUCAUGUUCUUCAAGCUGCUCACGUAGUACACGGCCCAGACCUCGCCGCCGCCGCCGCCGCCGCCGCCGCCGCCGCCGCCGUUGCAGGCCUCCGCCGCACAGCGGACACGCCCCUUCGUGUCUCCACGGGCCACAACAGAGUUUCACCGGGAUAGGAUUCGUGACUUUGUUUUCUUUUUGCGAGAAAAGAAACUAAUAGCUACUUGUGAAUAAAAAGAAAUACCACCUAGCUUCCAAAACUCCAGUUACCUAUUCGAGAAGAAACCUCUCUUGUUUAGAGACUAAAAAUAUUGCAAAAAACAAAAAUAACACUUCUGUACGAAACUCGAGGAAGAGAUACCAAAGGGAAUGAUUAAAAGAUACGCUUGAAGGUCUUUAUUUAUAGAGUGUUGUAUAUGUAUGACAUAUUUUUACAUGGAGAGUCUCAUUUGACAUUUUUUCACCUUUUAACGCCUGUAUAAGGUGGAGUAACAACUUUGUACGUCAUGUUUCUGACCGCUGUGUAUAUUAGUGCUAAAUUUUUACUAGCAUAAGACUACUGUCGUUUUGUAUUCUGCACAAAAUUUUAUUGGAGUUAUCUUAGCGAGGUUGUUUGUUAGAGAAACUGUGGUCAUAAUUGGCAAAGGGCUCUUCUUUGCUGUUGUUUUAUUCUCAUCCACGCAAGCUUGAUAUUGCCGGGAUCUGUUCUAGGGCUGCAUACGUGUCAAUUGUCAUACGGUUUACCGACAUCGUUUCGUUGCAUUGCAGGUUCAAGGGAUCAAGCACAGUUUUCUCUGGAUGCGUUCCAGUGUUGCCUUGUAAUUUGUUGGAAAGACCGUAGGCUAUCAACUCUGGUCCGAUCUAGACAUCGGAUGUAAGAUUUCGCCCGCAGCGUCCGGCUUGCCUUUGUAAAGGCGAGACAGUGUUAGUUUGUGUAGAAGGGCCGCUGACGUGCUGUACGGAUUCCCAAUCGGGAUGAGCAGAAGAUGAGCAUUUCUGUGAAAUAACGUUUAUAAGGAAACCCCGAGUAUGUUGUAUUAAAGCAUAUCAAAACUCUAAUUCACUAACGGAGUGGACGCUCUUCACCGAUAGUAUGGGUUGCUCUUGCAUGAGGGGUGGGAGGAAUUCACGGAUGUGUGCCUUUCAGUAGAGACUCUUUUGAGAACAAAAACUAACGGAAGAGAUAAUGGCUGUCUAAAUUAGUUUCACGUAUGUCGCAAAGGAAAUAUCUUGUCCUUUUGUACUUUCAGAAACAAAUGAGAAGAUAUUUUAGGACUGCUCAUUAUAUACCUUGUUACUUGUUGUCUAGCCAAAUUAUUGGGACUAAGCUUUACUAACACUUUCCUACUGCUAACGUAAUGAUAGCAAGUCCUCCGCUGUAAACUGUAGGACGCUUAAGAGCGAUGUUCGUUAUAUACAACGGAAUUAGGCCGUUUCUUGCAGGUAUGCUACGACGAGCUGUUUUUGAACUUUUAUACCGUCGCCUCUACCGUGCCAGCUAAAUCUCCUAGAGAUGGCGAAGAGCGGAUCUUCUUGCCUAGUCUCGCUGGCAUUUAUUUCGGGUUGUGAAAAAUAGUUGCGCACUUCGCCUUUCCCUCGAAGCUAAUCGGUUUUAUACUUUGAGACACACGCACAGAAUUGAUCGCAGGCUUUGGUUUGGUGUGAGACUGUCCCGUGGUCUUAAUAUGCCGUUUAUUUCUCCUUUUCGGUUAGGACAACCAUAAACCCACCCCGCGCGUUCCUUGUAGACGCAAACUAAGCGCUGCACCCACUCGAGACGAGUCGAUGUGUUUCUGAUGAGAACCUUAUCCUGGAAGAGCUCCGCUUCGCGAUCUUCCCAUUCCAUUUUCGGCUUUGGCUGUAUAGUCGGACUGUUGCAUAUCUGUCGUCCCCAUUCCACUCGUGCUCCCAUCCGCAGUUGUUAAUUUUCCUGCCCCUUGCUCUCACUUUGAGAGCGGUUGUAUGAAAUUGCGUGUUUAGUGUUAUCCCUCGUCCCAGUUCUUGUUCGUGGAUUUGGUUGUAAGAAGUCUUACCGUGUUGCAGCAUGAUGAACGUCGUUUUUGUUAACGCAGGCUCUACGCUCGGUGUGCAGGCAUACAACCUAGUGGAAGUAGUUUCCGCCCGCGUGAAUGCCGUGGCAUGAUAUCUUCCAGAUGGUUACGUGUCAUACUGAACUUGUCCAACAUAUUGUUGAUCUGUAAGUAAUUCAGCAUUUUGCAAUAAAUCGCUGAUGCGAUCUGCUAGGGUUUCCCAAUCUGUCCAGUUAAUAUCACCCAUUUUGACGCAUGUUACCAGGAGUAUAAAGAAAUGUCGACGUUUGCAUCAUUUGAGCUGCACCACGUUUCCGCUUUCACCAUCGUGAGCCUGUACAAUGAGAAAGUGUUGGAUGUUCAUAUGUCAGUGUCCACCUGCCUUCUCCGUGAAACGCACGAUUGACUAACGAAGCAAUUUACUGUUAAGCUUUAUUUUCUGCUGUUGAAAUUCUUGUUCAUGUUUUGGGCUACAGUGGAAUGUUGACCUGCGGCGGAGCGACACCUGUCCAACCACAGCCCGGUCCGUGACCACUGGUCAAGAGUGAGUGGGUAAUUCUGGUAAGCCGGUGUUGCAGAGGUACCGUAGGCGAAACUCCGACACUGUACAACCCGCCAGCACCGCUCCAAGUCUUAUGAUUUGUCACGGCGAUCUCCAGUUGUCUGAGAAGUAGAGUGCCACUCAGUCACUGUUCAGCUGCACCUGACGAAGGUGGAGAGAUCUCUGUCAUUUGCAUGCUACUGAGCAGCUACACAUGGACGAAUAUUUUUUGCUACAGAACAGAGGAACACAUUGCUGCUGUAAAAAUCGAUGACUCCAUCUGGCGAUGUCAACAGGCAGUCAACAACGGCGCGGUCAAGAGUAAAUUAUGCGUGUUUUUUAUGCAUACCAGGUGUCCGCGCGAAAUGUGUUCAGGUGCAAGCGACGAAGGAUACGGAGUUUGGAGCGCUCUUUCUCAAGUUAGCGAUUAUUUCCUCUCGACUGCGCUGAGGCUAUAGACCACCACUGUGCCGUACUGAUAUGUCCUGCAUAACUAUCACUGUGUAGAGAUUGUGAAUUGUUAAAUGUAGGUCUACAUCGUAACCAGCUCCUCUCAAAAGAUCAGUGACGUCUUCAGUACCAAGUGGCCAUCGAGAGAUUGUUAAUUUCAAACUUUUAUGACUUAAGUUGAGGGACCAUUGCUAAAGGGCUGACAGCCAAACGGUGAACAUGGUGGACUAGAGAAGGAUACUGUGCAAUCUCUCCUAGGCGCCGACAAACAAUGCACAGGUGUCGAUAUUGUAUCGAGCUCCACCAUGUAAGGAGUUUUUACUCAAUGGUGUGUCGGACACCAAGAGGAAGCGAAAUGAACUUUCCCUCUCUGGGCAGAAAGAUAACAUAUUUUGCAUAUGUUGCGUGUUAUCGGUGUUCGGAACUCAAGAGCCAAUAGCAGGGCAGGAGGAGAGUUGAACGAAGGUGAAUGGGGCUGAUCGGUGGGUCAGGGGUCGCUCUGCCAUCUACUGUGGUCCUGUUCAGGUGCUAAAUAUAACUGUGGAAUCUAAAUACAGGAAUUUGUAAGAAAACUA